UAUAGUUUCGUAUUAUUUGUCAUAUUACGUUUUAUUUUUAUGUGAUUGUUUCAAAUAUAUUGCUAGUUAUAUUUUAACGCUUGUAAUGUUUGAAAUAUUAAUUAGAAGUGUGAUAAUGAGCGAUUUGAUCAGUAUCUUCGAUUUUUUCGAACUUUGAUAUGUUAGAAAAGGCUAUUUAAAUAAGCAGAAUAUCACAAACGAUGUGUCGCGAAACUAAAUCUAAAUUUAACCUCAAUCCAGGAAAAACACCAGAAAAUUUCGUUAUUUUUAUUUUGCGAUUCUCCUACUAGAGUUAAACCGGUAAUGUUGUCGAUUAAAGGUGUCUUCUUUAAUUUUAGUGAUCUUGAAAUGUCAUAAAACUUAACAUUUUGAACAACUUUUAUCUGUACAUAUAACCUACGUUCAGCCUUACAUUUUAAUAUUUGGGGUUAGUAGUAAUAUUAAUUCGGCCGCCAGCAUUUCGUUGCUUAAUCAAAUAGGAUGAGCGUGCUAGUUCAAUAUGUGGUGGUACGAGGAGAUCUUCUGGAGACAAUGAAGUGGCCCAUUGGCGCAGUUGUAGCUCAAGCAUGCCAUGCGUGUACUGCUGUUACUCAUCUUUUUUAUAAUGACAAUUACACACAAGCCUACCUUGCCAAUUUAGAUGCUAUGCACAAAAUUGUCUUGGAAGUUCCAGAUGAGACCAGUUUAAAUAAUUUAUGUUUAACAUUGACAAAUGAGAACAUUGAUCAUAAGCUCUGGAUCGAACAGCCUGAUAAUAUUCCAACGUGUUUGGCAACAAAACCUUACCCAAAGGAUAAAGUAAAAUCAUAUUUCAAGAAAUAUAAGUUACUUAAAUUGUAAAAGAAUACAAUUUUCAUUAUACAGCUACAUUAUCCUCUUUUAUAUUGUACAUCAAUUGUAAUAAAACUAAAUAGUAAUAUAAAAUAAAAUAGUAUUAAAUAUA